AUGCGUGUGUUUUUCGAUUGAUGGAGGAGGGACGUGUGAUCAUGAUCAUCGUGGUCCACGUGGAUGACAUUUUUGCUGUAGGGCAGAAGGAGAGGUGUGACAAGUUUGGCAGGGAUCUCAACGAGAUGGUCCCCGUGAAGAACCUUGGAGAGUUGAGGUGGUACUCCGCGUGCUUUUACGAGAGAGACGUAAAGAGAGGGGUGUUGAAGAUUUCGCAGCAGAGUUUUGCCGAAGAGCUGGCUGCAGAGUAUGGCGUUGAGUGGGGGCAGAGUGUGCCUCUGCCUGUUAGCGUAAAGCUCUCCGACUUUGACGUGAAUGAAGCGAGUGCUGAUGUCCCUUUUCGCGAGUUGGUAGGAUCUCUGAUGUGGUUGGCCACUCAAACACGGCCGGACAUUGCGAAGUCAGUUCGAGCAGUAGCGCGGUAUUGCGCGUCUCCCAAGAUGGUGCACUGGAAGGCAGCACUCGGUAUUUUAGGAUCCGUACGCAGGACGAGUUGGAUGGGGAUUACAUUUGAGAGGGGCGUCGUGACAGGUAUGAGCAUGCAGGUGUUUGUGGAUGCCGACUAUGCAAGCAAGGUCGGUGUCUGGGGGGCUAGUGAUGUGUGUUUGUGGAUGCCGACUAUGCAAGCAAGGUCGGUGUCUGGGGGGCUAGUGAUGUGUGUGUGGGGGGGGGUGACUUGGCUUUCACGAAUGCAGAAGUGCGUUACGCUUUCCACCACGGAAGCAGAGUAUGUGACAAUUGCCGACGUCUUGAAGGAAGCGAUGUUCUUGAGGCAGGUGUGGCGUUUUAUGUUGCGAGAUGCGAGUAUGGCGUGCAUCCCGGUGUUCGAGGAUAAUCAGGGAGCGAUCCAGAUUGCGCACGACCCGAUCACGAACUCCAACUCGAAGCACAUCGAUGUACGGCAUCACUUUAUCAGGGAGCUGGUUGAGAGGAAAGUGAUUUCAAUUACUCAUGUGCCGACGCAAUUUCAGUGUGCAGAUUUCUGGACGAAGGCUAUUAGCAAGGAGUCUUUUGCUUUGCAUCGUGACUUUGUGAUGAACUUGCAGUGA